AUGACCGGAGUGGUCAUGGUUACCAAGGGCGGUGGAUGCGGCGGCGGUGGGAAGCGGUCGAGAACUGCGCGAACUGCUGAGGAAGAAGAAGAGCAGCAGAACCAGCUCUCCCUCGUGGCGUUUCUCUUGGCGGCCAUCAGAAAAUCGAUGGUUUCGUGCAGGGUGGACCCACCUGACGAUGUAAUCUCCACCGUCCAUCACAUGGAGAUCGGAUGGCCAACGAACGUUCAGCACAUCACUCAUGUCACCUUCGACCGCUUCAACGGUUUCCUCGGUCUUCCUUACGAAUUCCAAGUUGAGAUCCCUGCCAGGGUCCCCAGUGCUAGUGUCAGUGUGUUUGGCGUCUCAGCAGAAUCUAUGCAGUGUUCUUAUGAUUCUAAAGGAAACAGCGUCCCCACUAUUCUCCUGCUAAUGCAGGACCGUCUAUACUCACAGGGAGGCUUAAAGGCCGAGGGUAUAUUUCGCAUAAACCCAGAAAAUAGUCAAGAGGAGCAUGUGAGGGACCAGUUGAAUAGGGGCAUUGUGCCUGAUGACAUCGAUGUGCACUGCUUGGCGGGACUAAUCAAAGCCUGGUUCCGAGAGCUACCUUCAGGAGUGCUAGAUGGACUUUCCCCUGAGCAAGUUCUUCAAUGCAACACAGAAGAAGAAUGUGUUGAGCUUGUGAAGCAGCUAAAGCCAACUGAGUCUGCCUUACUCAGCUGGGCUAUUGAUCUCAUGGCCGAUGUUGUAGAAGACGAGGAACUUAACAAAAUGAAUGCAAGAAAUAUUGCAAUGGUUUUUGCUCCAAACAUGACUCAGAUGUCUGAUCCUCUAACUGCCCUGAUGCAUGCGGUUCAAGUGAUGAACUUACUCAAGACACUUAUCAUGAAGACACUUCGAGAACGUGAAGAAACAGCGACAGGUGGCUAUUCUCCCAUGUCGUCUCAUUCAUCUGGUCGUCAAUCUGAGGAUGAAUAUGACAGUCAGCGAGAAAUGGAUACAAGUGGUGAAUUGAGAGGCACCAAAUCAGAUUAUGAUGCUCACUAUGGCCACAGCAGUGAAGGGGAGGCUGAAUCUUUAAGCGGGAUAGAGGAGUGCUUCUUGAAGCAGUUGGAUGAGAACAAUAAGGGAUUCUCACAAGAACCUGCAGGCCAUUUGGAGAAGUAUGUUAGCACCAGAAGUUACUCUGCCUAUAGCAUGGAACCUUCUAUAUCUGUUACUGAUAACAAAGCUGGGAAGUCCUGCUUGAGGACAAGUGUAGACACAAGUAGUUCAUCAAUAGGAUGUACAAGCACCAAAGAUGUGGAGAUGGUGGAUAAAUUUGCUGAAUCUAUUUCACCUAUGCCACUCCUUGCUUCUAGCUAA